AUGUCAAUGGUUUCUAGAGACCCUUUCCAACUCUCCGGCCGCUAUGCCGAGAAUAAUCGUUGGGAAAUUGUCUUGAUUACCGGUGUCUCCUCUGACAUAGGUGUCGAGACAGCUCGUGUCUUAGCGUCUACUGGAGCUACUGUUUUCGGCACGGCCCGCAAUCUUGCAAAGGCAAAGGAGGCCCUAGGUUCUUCGCGCAUUGAUACUGGUCAUGUGAAGCUUCUUUUCAUGGAUGAAUCGGAUCUACCGAGUGUCCCGGCGUGUGCUCAGGAGUUUUUGGAACAAAGCUCCAAGCUUAAUAUUCUUAUCAACAAUGCGGCUGGAAGUGUGAUGAACACCCCCGGAAGCCGCACCAAGGAUGGAUUUGAGCUGCAAUUUGGAACAAACCACCUGUCGCAUUUUCUGCUGUUUGAUCUAUUUAAAGAUACUCUAUUGGAAACCGCACGUUCCACAACACCCUGUCGUUUCGACAACAUCAAUUUUGAAGGAAACUACAACGGAUGGCUUGCAUACGGAUCAAGCAAAACGGCCAAUUUCUAUAUGGCUACCCAGAUGGAGCGCUUGUAUGGAUCACAGGGCCUUCAAGGAUUUGGCGUGCAUUCUGGUGGCUUGGUGAGCCCUUACCUACAGAGGCACUCACAAGAGGAGACGAAGGUUGUCAUGGCAGACAAACGUGCCCAAGCCUAUUUGCCAAAUAUCGAACAGGCUUGUGCAACUACCAUCUAUGGCGCUGUGUCAAGCAAGUUGGAAGGGAAGGGUGAUCUAUACUUGGAGGGGGCAUCUGUUGCAAUUCAUCCGGCGCCUUCUGAGGGAGAUGCGCUUGAGUAUGAAUUUGGCAGUUAG